GGUUAAAUGGAGGGGGCUUAAGUGGAUUAAAUGUUUUCAAGCAUCUUGUGUUGCGGAAUUUUAGCAAUUUCGUUUAUCGUCGUAAUUCUACGGAAUUCUGCAUAAGCAUUUCUUUCCUACGCCGAACCCCCGUUUCUAGAUUGCAAACAUUCAAGUAGGAGCAGAUCUUCAAUAAGUUAGAGUCUCCUAGUCUGGUGUUUACUUUCAGUUCGCGCGCGCUUUUUGUUUUUAGGGAUACAUACAUAUGUAGAUUAUAUAUCCGAAAACAUGGAGUACAAACGUAAAAUGCGUAGAAAAUUGUCGUCGGAAUCGGAUGAAGACACUUCUUCCUCGGAGCCGACGAAUAAAAAGAGCAAGAAUGCCACAGUCCCAGAAGACUACAUGGACAUUGUUGAGCAGGACCCAAACAGUCUUCUGGUACCAGGCAACAACAAUACAGGUAGCAGCCGAGAGUCGCCAGGCUCACGCAGAUCCCAGGGAUCAUCUUCAUCGUUAACUCUUUUGUACGAACCAGACGUUCCAAGUGAAUUUAAUCGCUGCGGCAAAGUCAUAUCCAUACAUCUGGAGAAUUUCAUGUGUCAUGAGAGUUUCACCGUCGAGUUUGGUCCCAACACCAAUUUCCUGGUGGGCAAAAACGGGAGCGGCAAGAGUGCCACGAUCACAGCCCUGACCGUGGGUAUGGGGGGCAACGCACGCGCCACUAGCCGUGCGGCCAGCAUAACGAAGCUAAUCAAAAACGGCGAAACAUCAGCCAAAAUCGAAAUAACCUUGUGUAAUGUGGGAUUGAGCCCAUUCGAUGCGGAACAUAUGGGACCGCAUAUCACGGUGGUGCGGCACAUACGCCAAUCAUCCUCGUCGUAUGAGCUAAAGGAUGCACGCGGUAAAAUCGUCUCGAAAAAAUUAGAUGAUGUUAAGCGCUUGCUGCGGCGCUUUCGAAUUCAUGUCGAUAAUCCCAUUUUCGUGCUAAACCAGUUAAACGAGGUUUGUAGCUGAAUACUUUGCAGACUGGAG